AAACGAGUCGUGGCCGCAGGUGAUCUGCCAAGGUACAAUUACAAUUUCAAAAAAAUAGUCUGAACCAAUUGAAACAAUGAGUUCCAAAUUGCAAGAGUACAAAGACACUUUAGAGCGUAACCUCGUCGACAAGAGUAAGCCGUGGACCAAAUAUUUCGACAAAGCUGAGCAAAAAACCGGCGUCAACAGGGUAUACCUUUUCGUGGGUUUGGUCGCGUUCACCGGUUUAUAUUUAGUGUUUGGUUUCGGAGCCGAAUUGAUAUGCAACUCUAUCGGCUUUGUAUACCCCGCGUACAUGUCGAUGAAGGCUUUGGAGUCGCCGCAAAAGGAUGACGACACUAAAUGGUUGACUUACUGGGUGGUGUACGCAUGCUUUUCAAUUGUAGAGUACUUUUCCGACUUUAUCGUGGGUUGGUUCCCGCUCUACUGGUUAAUAAAGUGCGUCUUUGUAAUAUGGUGCUACCUGCCUACUGACUACAAUGGCUCACUCGUGAUCUAUUACCGCCUCAUCCGUCCGUAUUAUCAGAAACACCAUGAGCGUAUCGACAACAUGGCCAACUCUGAAUUGAAAGACAUCGUUAAAACCCUCAAUAAACACAUGGACAAAACAAUGAAAGACUUCAGUAAAACAUUGAAGGAUCUUUAAAUUAUAUUGAACUCGUAUCUCGAAUUCUACAACCAUUAAUUAGAGAGGUAAAGCUGAUUAGAGAACAUAAAUAAAAUAUUAUAUGCCUCCCAAAUGGUAGCAGACGCCAUAAGGAAGAAUAAUUAGUAUUUUACCAGUAUUUUAUAUUUGGGAGCUAAAAGUACAAACUCAUCAACAACACCCUUAAUAUUUGUAGCUUUGCAAUGCAAUCACUGGCUUUAAAAUUAUGAAACACAGCGGGCCUAAAGACGUACUUUUUGAUAUUAUAUUUGACGAAUGUGAAAUGUUCUCCUGAUUUACUAAAUACAGCAAAAUAUGCAAAAUUUAAUAAAAAGCGAAUAUUUUAAACUCAUUGUUUAGUAAUAAUAAAUAAAAAUAAAAACUAUGUACUGAAGUUUUAUGCAGACAAUCAAGUGACUUAAUUUAAAUCGAAGUUCUAUUGUUUUAAAAGUCAGUUGUUAGUUAAUAUUUUUGGCAACCCUUAUUUAAGGAGAUUGCACACUUGUAAAUCAGUUUUAUUGGUAAAAACCAUACUAUUGUUUUGUAUCGUGUAACUUUUACUUCCUUUUCUUUAGAUAUUAAAUUUUAGUUGAAUCUAUCUAAUCUUGUAGGGAUUGGAGACUGUAAAUGCAUCUACUUUUAUUUACUCCCCUAUUAUUAAGUUCUCUUUCUAUAACAAUGAAUUUCUUACACAAUUUUUAAUGCAUUAAUUAUUAUCUUUGCUCAAGGAAUGUUAAUAAUUGAUAAUUAUUUUUUUUAAGAUUGAGUUCACAGUUUCUGUGUUACCCAUAUAAACAAUAUUCCUUGCCAUUGUAAAAAUAGUCUUUGCCCUUGUAAAUUUUUUAGUAUGGUGUUAGUUAAUUUUAAUGGACCAUAUUUUUGUAUGUUGUGUAAAACAAGCCUAAAUAAAACGGCGUAGUUGAGCGUCGUGUUGUAUAAUCAUGUUUAGAUGUUUUCUGCUUGUGGUAUACCUUCAUGUUACCAACAUUACGUGCCUUUUACAUUUUAAUGCAAGUGACUUCGCGAGCUACUCAUUUGAUUAAAUAGAGAAAUAAAUAACACAAAGGAACAGCUUUUUUGCAAGAAUUAUUAUAUUUAAUUUUAUAUAUUUCGGGGUGCUGAUUUUUAAAACUGAAUUCGACUUUUUUUGACGGCUUUUAUUUUUGAGAUAUAAGGGCACUGUAU